AGAAGCAGAGCCAUGGCCAGAACCAAGCAGACCGCCCGUAAAUCUACCGGAGGCAAAGCUCCCAGGAAGCAGCUGGCCACCAAGGCUGCGCGUAAGAGCGCUCCAGCUACCGGCGGCGUCAAGAAGCCUCAUCGCUACAGGCCCGGUACCGUGGCUCUGAGAGAGAUCCGUCGCUACCAGAAGUCCACGGAGCUGCUGAUCCGUAAGCUGCCCUUCCAGCGGCUGGUCCGGGAGAUCGCUCAGGACUUCAAGACCGACCUGCGCUUCCAGAGCUCCGCCGUCAUGGCUCUGCAGGAGGCCAGCGAGGCUUACCUGGUGGGUCUGUUCGAGGACACUAACCUGUGCGCCAUCCACGCCAAGAGGGUCACCAUCAUGCCCAAAGACAUCCAGCUGGCCCGCCGUAUCCGUGGAGAGAGAGCUUAGAGACGGAGGUCAAACAAAAACACACAACGGUUCUUUUCAGAGCCACAAACUCGAUCAUUUCUAGAGCUUUUUCCUCAUCAAAUCAUGUAUCAAGUUAAAGGCCUCAUCUCAGAAAUACAGGAAACUCCAUCAGGGCAGAUAUCAAAGGCACCACCAAUUUUAGUUUAAAUUAAAUUCACCACACUGCAACAUAUCUGGUUAAAUAUAUUAACAGGAGUAAGAGAUGCAUGGUUUCAUACUGAUAUCUUUUAUCAGAACCCUAAAUAAUGACACAUUUCAGUAUAAGAAACAGUAUUUUAAAUGGUUAUAUUUUCUAGGCUUCAAUAUAUGGACUACCAUAAACAAUGUCAUGUGUAAUAACCGUGUUUGUCACCAUAGAAAUCAUCCAGUUAAUUUUUAUUCUGUAAUCUGAUUUUCAUGUUGUUGCACAAACCUUUACCUGGGUCUUCUUCCUCUGUUGGCAACAGAAACUAAUGUUUUUGCUGUUUACCAGUGAUGUGAGUCCUGAUAGAACGGUUCUACUGAGUCACUUUACUGACUCGGGAAUCAUGAUUCUUUGUCUCUGACUCUUCUGUUAUUGUUAGCUACCCACCUAAUAUGUAACAAUGCAACUGCUAUUGUAAUAUUUCAACUUAAUUGGUGUGUUAGCCCUAUGGGGAAAAAGAACCCGACCCACAAUUUCCCUCUUUGCAACAAAUAAUCGGUAGCCUAGCACCACUCGUAGAAUGGGAGGAUCGCCGAGUUGGUAGCUCAGCCAAGCACAACAUAUCAACAAGAUAUUUUUCUGUUUUAAAUCUGUGAUAUAGCAGUGAAAGCAGUGGGGACAGGCAUCAGGAGGAUUCAGUUUACUGAAAACGGGUUAUAUUAGGUGCUAGAUGCUUUUUUUUUUUAGUAAAUAAAAGUUGACUAGGGUUCUUUGUGGCGUGGUGCAUCGAUAGAGUGGGUGACUCGAGCUACAGUCCUCGACGCAGCCAUCCUGGGUUAGACUCCUGGCCUUCAGAUCUUUGCUGCAUGUAUUCUCACGUCUCUUUGUCCAGUUCCUGUCUGGUUUCUGUUAAUAAAGAUCACAAGGGCAGAAAAAAUAUCUGGGGAAAAAAGUCGUUUAGGGGGUGAGAAAAGGUGCUAAACCUGGUGACAGAAGCGCUACUAUGGCAACACUGCAAACUGUUAUAGACAAACUGACAGCUCUAGUUGGGGUGGCCAGGUGGUUUGAAUGAAAUUGAACACAAUUUAAUAUGUUUCAUGUAAUAAUGUAACAAUUUAAUAACUUAGUUAUUUUGGGGAUUUGUGUCAUUAUUUGCUUUCUACAGCAGGAAGAUCAUCUAGAAACUGAUCUAAACAAGAAUGCUAAAAAAUUCAAAGUAUGGAACAGAUUGGUGGGGAAUGGAGAACUUAAUAGAAUACAGUGUCAAUUAAUCAUGUCUUGAAAGAUACAUUAUUAACUAAUUAACUAUUUUCCAUCUCAGGGCAUCUCAGGUUAUCUUGUCCAUCUAUGCAAGGCUGUCAGCUGGCAUACAGGUCCUUCUCAAAACAUUAGC